AACACGAGCUCCUAGAUAUGUCAAGAAUUCAUUUCCAAGGUUUAUGUGGUGAUCUUUAACGAAGGACAACGCUCGUCGUUGAAUACCACUGCGUAAAUGAAUCGGCAGAUAGCUUUCAGAUCAGAUUAUUCACACUCCUUUGAAAGCGAUCGAGGAUGUUCCAAAUGUUAAUAAUGCUUUCGUGAGUCCUCGUAUAAUUAAAAUCUUGCGAACCGCAGAUGUGAGAAAUACAGGAUCAAGAGACAACGCCAUUUAUCAGAAUUCGUGUCAGAGUCUGAGAUCUCCGCCAGCUUUCUGUGCAGUUCCGCCCCACUCUCGUACGCUGCGCAAAUGCAGAAGGUUUGCACAUGAACCUUCGGCCUCACGCUCCCCCGACACUUAAUCACGGCCUUUCUCUGGUUUCCCUCUCUGCGAACAAGUCCAACGAAUCGCCUGCAAUCGUCGAGAAAUCUACGUUGGGAAAAGUCUCUUUUUCACCGUUGUUUUGGAGUUUAGGGGAUGCCAGUUCAUGGUGAGUACAUUUUGGGCUAUAUCUGUACUAAAUCUUCAGCAGAAGCGACUUCUCAUUUUGAAAUGAGAGGUCUUUUUGCCGAGAAGAUGCCAAUUGCACGGCGUUAGAUAAUGUCUUUUCACACAAACUUGGACAAAGAAAUGGCGGAUUUAUCAGAUCCAGAGGAUUCUGAUGAUCCAAUUACGCCUGCCUUGCAAGAGAUAGAGGUGGUGCCAGCACUCCAGACCUUUUUUUACACGGAAGAAUCGCGUUUCCCAUCGACGAGUAAACGUAGGAAACAUGAGGCCGAAGAAGCAUCACCAUCAGAAGUACGUAGUACCGAUGAGCCCUCAGCUUCAAGCCCUAGAGCGAAUGCAGCUCCAUUUCUCCUUCAUCGCCUGCCUUCUCCGGAGCCCGUGGAAGAGGAAGGCGCUGAGGCCUUUUUCCGAAUAAAGAUCCUCAACGAAGACCUCGACAUCCACGACAACUACCGACAGCUAGAUUUCAUCGGUUCGGGCACAUUUGGUGCGAUCUACGAGGUCGAAGACGCUAGAAAUCCGCAGAUUAGAUUAGCCAUGAAAUGUCAAAGUAAAAAACCCCCGGGCUUUUUGGCAGCUGCAAAUCCAGACGAAGAAUUAUUGAGGAUAUACAAAGAAUUAGUAAUUAUGAGCAGAAUAAUUCCCAAACACAAAAAUAUUAUUGAAGUCAAGGACGUCCUAAUUAGUCCGGACAACGUUUACAUUGUGCAAGAAUUAUGUGCAAGUUUAACACUCGACGAUUUCUACCCUGUCGCUGAUAAUGCAAGCGGGCGCAGAAUAUUUAAACAGCUGGUUGGUGCACUAAAUUUUAUCCAUGAAUAUGGAGUGGUGCACGGGGAUUUGAAAUCAGACAACGUGCUUUUCGCUGACCGCAACUUCAUGGAAUGCAAGAUUAUAGACUUUGGCCUCUCCGUUUAUAGACCAGAAUGGGCUAAGAAGACUAACAAGAAUUUCGAGCGGGGCAAAUGGUUGAGCGAAGCCGAACUUCGCACUCCAAGAGACUUACAUGCAUCCCAUACAGAAGAUAUAGAAGCCUUGGGCAGAAUACUGCACUCAAUUCUGGCUGGCACCGAUGUGCCAAGCAUAUUUCAAAGCUUUAUGAGUAAUAGUGAUAACAAGUACAAGCCAAGAAUGGACAUCUUUGAUGAAAGUGCACUGAAUCUACUUGGAAUUAUUGGUCCCACUUAUUUCCAUCUCGAUGAAUAUGCGAACUACCAGAGUCUGGAAGAAAUCCUUCAGCAUCCUUGGCUCGUAGAAGAAACCCAAACUCUUGCUACCAGAGAUUCAGAACUGGCUCGGGAGAUUCCUCUGCUAGAAACUGACCUCACUGGGCUUAAGAUUCUGUUCAGAGACUGGCAGGUCGUCUAUUUUCGGAUCAUAAGAAAUGACGAGGAUGUCGGCAUCCAUUACCGAGUACUAGAUUCCUUUCAGAGAGGCGAUGGGAACACUGAAAUCUUUGAGUGUGUGAAUGCAGACAUUGAAACGACCUCUAAUACCAAGCAUGCAAUGAUAGUAUUAUCUAGGAAUGGUCAACCAGAGUCGAUGUCUCCAAAUGAUGCUGUCAGCGAAGCAUUGAGGAUAUACAAUGAAUUGUUGAUAACACUGAGAAUACUCCCCAGGCACCCAAACAUCGCUGAAAUACGGGAUGUGAUCGUCCACAAAGAUUUUGUGCUUGUCAUUAGAGAGCUGUGUGAAAGGGACACGCUAGAAGACUUCUUUCCUCUUGCCAGAAAUGAGAAUUCGCGCAAUAUCUUCAGGCAAAUUGCAGAAGCAGUUCGCCUCAUGCAUCUCUUUGGUGUGGUGCACAUGGACUUGCAUUGCCAUCAGAUAGUUUUCACGGACAGUCACUUCACUACUUGCAAGAUUGUGGGUUUUAGUAAUGCUCUGUACGACUCGGAACUGGCUCAAUGUGCUCAUGAAAACUUCAAAGCUGAGGACUGGAUAACCCCUGAGCUUCAAAUCAUGGCCCGCGAUAUCAAGGUUGAAGUAGACAUCAGAGCCCUUGGCUCGAUUCUGCUCGCAAUGAUGGUUGGCAUCUGGCAACCGGAUCCGGACAAUCUGGACCCAACGCUUCUGCCUAGACUAGGAGUAUUUGACGAGAAUGCCACAAAUUUGCUUUCAAAAAUAGGCCCAAGUCCCUUUGGACCACUUGAAGAUGACAGACUACCAUCAAUUGACGAAAUAUGUCUCCAUCCGUGGCUUUUUUUUUAGGUGUAGACGAUCCAGACACGAAACCAACGGCAAAAACUUCUCAAAGUUGCGUAAGAACCAGUCAGGCCGGCACAAGUACCGUGUAAAAAUGUAGGAGCAAACUCUUCGUGUUGUGGUUCUUUGAUUGCACAGCUCACAAUUAUUGAACAGGACAACUAAGAACACAACAGAAAGAUCACUAGUUGUGUUCUCGGAAGUCAGUCGAAAGCUACAUACGACAUGUUGAAUCCGACAGUGGUGCUUAGCCCAACAGCAUUCUGCUCAAGGUGUAACUUUUGUGGGAGUUGUAGGACACAUGCAUAUGAAAUAUGCAGAGCAGAGAAGGUUUUAUACAGAAAUUCAAUCGUUUGAUGAUAUAGAUAGAAUAAUAGUUUGUUCAUUUAUUACUACAUUUUUCAUUCGAUUCUCAUAACAUGUCAGGACCAGUCGUGGUUGGUUAGGUCGUUGCAACUGACAGUCCAAUUCUUUGAGAAUUCAAGGCAGUGAUAUCUAAAGACGGCUUGCAACACAAGCCUACGACUUCCAAAUCCGUCGUCGAAGAGACAUUUUUCUCCCAAGAUGUCCGUGGAUGAAUAUUUAAGAUCUCCAGCUAUCGGUAGGAAAGCUUCACAGUGAUUAUUUUCUACAGUUGAUGUGCCUGCAAAUGAACUUUCAACCACUCAAUCAUGAUGAGACCUACAGCCCAUGAAAAACUGAGACGGCAUCAGACAGAGAAAUAUAGAAG